GUUAGCACGUGUGCUUCCCUUUUAUAUAGGGAUGGAAGGCGCACUAAAAAGUGGUCAAGGCAUCGUGGAUGUUUUGUCUUGGGCAAACGCCACUUUUCUAGUGCAGGGGAAAACGGGGCACACGCAGAGAGAGAGAGAGAGAGAGAGAGAGAUAGAGGAAGCAGAGAGAAGAGCCUUCCAUAUAAACUAAUAAUAGCUUAACAAGAUACAGAGGAAACAGAGGAGGAGAAACAGAGUAGGAGGAGAGGGGGAGAGAUGGAGGGGGAGCAGGAAGUGAGAGAGUCCAGGUUCAAAAGGAUAUGCGUCUUCUGCGGCAGCAGCCAGGGCAAGAAGAGGAGCUACCAAGAAGCUGCCGUCGAGCUCGGCAAGGAAUUGGUGUCGAGGAACAUUGAUCUGGUGUAUGGCGGGGGUAGUGUUGGUCUGAUGGGUUUAGUUUCCCAGGCCGUUCAUGAAGGCGGACGGCACGUUAUUGGUGUUAUUCCCAAAACUCUCAUGCCUCAAGAGAUAACGGGUGAGACCGUUGGGGAAGAGAAGGCAGUUGCAGAUAUGCACCAAAGGAAGGCUGAAAUGGCUAGACGCUCUGAUGCCUUUAUCGCCUUGCCUGGAGGAUAUGGAACACUUGAAGAGCUGCUUGAAGUGAUCACGUGGGCUCAAUUGGGCAUUCAUGAUAAGCCGGUUGGACUGCUGAAUGUUGAUGGAUACUACAACUCAUUGCUGUCUUUCAUUGACAAAGCUGUGGAGGAAGGUUUCAUCAGUCCGACUGCCCGCCAUAUCAUUGUAUCUGCUCCGACGGCAAAGGAAUUGGUCAAGAAGUUAGAGGAGUACUUCCCUCGCCACGAAAGAGUUGCUUCUAAGGUGAAUUGGGAGAUGGAGCAGUUCGGAUACCCCGCAAAAUUUGAGAUAUCUAGGUAGUGGUUAAGGCGGAGUCUAUUCAGUUUAGUAGGCCUGUUGAAGUGUAUUUUGGGAAAGUAAAGGGGAUAUUAUAUACAUUGAAAGGCCAGUAAUUGUCUUUUGUGUGAGCAAUGGAAUGCCGGAUAUUCUGUUUUAUGUACAUUAUAAUUACAAAGGCCCUAAAUACAUAGAGCUGCAUUUACUUCACUUUCACAA